UCCCCCUCCUUUCCUCUGAACUCCAGCCCCUCGCUCUCUCUCUAUCAGCCUCUCACUCCGUCUCAAUAUGUCUCAAGAUGGCGGCCAAUGCGGGAUCGAUGUUUCAAUAUUGGAAGCGCUUUGAUUUACAGCAGCUGCAGAGGGAACUCGACGCCACCGCCACAGUACUGGCUAACCGACAGGAUGAGAGCGAGCAGUCCAGGAAAAAGCUCAUUGACCAGAGCCGAGAGUUCAAGAAAAACACACCAGAGGACCUACGCAAGCAGGUAGCUCCACUGCUGAAGGGCUUCCAGGCAGAGAUCGACGCCUUGAGUAAAAGGAGUAAGGAGUCGGAGGCGGCCUUCCUGAACGUGUACAAGAGAUUAAUCGAUGUCCCAGAUCCGGUCCCAGCCCUGGAGGUGGGUCAGCAGCUGCAGGUGAAGGUGCAGAGGAUGCACGACAUCGAGACAGAGAACCAGAAACUCCGCGAAACGCUGGAGGAGUACAACAAGGAGUUCGCCGAGGUCAAAAACCACGAGGUCACAAUCAAAGCACUUAAGGAGAAGAUUCGGGAGUACGAGGAGUCCCUGAAGAGCCAGGCGGAGGGCCUGGCCCAGGAGAAGGAGCAGCAGCUUCACAAUGACUAUGCAGAGAAGGAGAGAAAGCUGCAGGAGACCCAGGAGUCGAUGGCCUCCCGGCUGGAGGAGGCCGAACGCAAGGCCCAGUCCUUACAGACAGCACUUGAAGCAACUCAGGCAGAGCUUUCCGAACUGAAGACCAAGUAUGAAGAAGAGUCGACGGCCAAGGUCGAUGAGAUUGAGAUAGUGAUGACUGAUCUGGAGAAGGCCAAUCAGAGGGCGGAGGCCGCGGAGAGGGAGGCGGAGAGCCUACGGGGGCAGCUGUCAUCCGCCAACAAGUCCCUGCAGCUGGCCACGCAGAUCCAGAAAGCCCCCGACAUGGAACAGGCCCUGGAGGUGCUGUCACGCUCCAGCCUGGAGGUGGAGCUGAGCGCUAAGGAGCGGGAGAUCGUGCAGCUGGUGGAGGACGUGCAGAGGCUGCAGGCGAGCCUCAGCAAACUGCGGGAGAACUCCGCCAGCCAGAUCAGCCAGCUGGAGCAGCAGCUCAGCGCCAGGAACUCCACACUCAAGCAACUGGAGGAGAAGCUGCAGGAGCGGGCGGACUACGAGGAGGUCAAGAAGGAACUGAAUGCCCUGAAGUCCAUGGAGUUCGGGUCGUCUGACGGCUCUACAGCGCAGCUCCCCCAGGAGUCGUCGAAGCCCCUGGAGGCGCUGCUGCAGGAGAAGAGCCGCGCCCUGCAGGCGGACGGCGCCCCCCUGCGCAUCGGCAACAGCGAGCUGAGCGGCUCAGCCGUGCGGAAGGGGAAAGAGGCGUCGGCGGACAGCCAGCAGCGCCUUCCCGCCACCGCCAACGCCGCCAACCUGCAGGGCUCCCCUCCCCCGCCCUCCUCCCAGCUCCUCCUGCGGGCGGGGCCGGGCGGCGCCUCCGAGCCCACCUCGGGCGCCAACGGGACGCACCAGUUCUCGCCCACGGGCAUCGGGCAGGACUUCUUCGGCCCGGGCAUGGCGGGUGGCGGCGGCGGCGGAGGCGGGGCCUACCCGCUCGCGGGCAAGGUGGCGCUCAACUCCCUCCUCCACCGGCAGCUGAUGCAGACCUUCUACUCCAAGGCGCUGCAGGACGCGCCCGGCGCCAUGCUCUUCGCCCCGGGCCACUACGCCGCCCCCUCCCUGUCGGCCAGCCCCCUCCCGCAGCCCCUGCCCCAGCCCGCUGGCAGCCCCGACGUCAACGGCAUGGCGCCCUCGCCCAGCCAGUCGGAGGGCGCGGGCAGCGCCUCGGAGGGCGAGGACAUGGACACGGCGGAGAUCGCGCGGCAGGUGAAGGAGCAGCUGAUCAAGCACAACAUCGGCCAGCGCAUCUUCGGCCACUACGUGCUGGGCCUGUCGCAGGGCUCCGUCAGCGAGAUCCUGGCCCGGCCCAAGCCCUGGAACAAGCUCACCAUCCGCGGCAAGGAGCCCUUCCACAAGAUGCGCCAGUUCCUGUCCGACGAGCAGAACAUCCUGGCGCUGCGCAGCAUUCAGGGACGCCAGCGAGAGAACCCGGGCCAGAACCUGAACAGAGUGUUUCAGGAGGUUCCGAAGCGGAGAACCGGCUCGGACGGCACCGCGCGGCCAGGUAACAUCACCACCCGAAUCCGCACUCCUGAGAGCGGCUCGGACGAGGCCAUUAAGUCCAUCCUGGAGCAGGCCAAGAGGGAGCUGCAGGUUCAGAAAGCCGCGGAGCCCCCCCAGGCCCCUCCCACCUCCAGCGGGGGCGGGGGCGGCGGCGGCGGCAGCAGCUCGGACGACACCAUCCGCUCCAUCCUGGAGCAGGCGCGGCGGGAGAUGGAGGCGCAGCAGGCGGCGCUGGAGCCCAUGCUGAAGGCCUCCUCCAUGUCCGCGGCCGACCUGCCGCUGCUCUCGCCCAAGCUGCUGGGCUCCCCGGCCUACUCCCCGCUGGCCCUGUCCCUGAAGAAGCUGCCCCUGACCCCCUCCUCCGCCUCCUCCGCCUCGCCCCUCCUGGACUUCCACCAGGCCGCCGUCAAGAAGGAGGCCGGGGAGUCGCCCGUCCGCGAGGCCGAGGGCGGGGGCGGGGGCCACAAGCAGGGCCGGAACGCCGACGGGGCCCGCGCCGCGAGCUCCUGGAGGGACCAGUGGUGGAGCACCGUGCACUCGCACCCGGACCGGCGCCCCGUCCCGCAGCCCAUGGCCGAGGAGAGCCGCAGCCUGGAGGACACCAAGGAGAAGCCCGCCCGGCUGUCCGGCUCGGCGGCCGGCCCUUCCUCCUCCUCCUCCUCGCUGGACUACUGGAAGGACUGGCCCAGCGCCGAGUCGCCCUGCUCUCAGGGCUCGGAGCUGAGCCUGCCCGGCCCCCCCGGCGGGGGCGGGGGCGGCGAGACCCCCCACAGCAGCCCCCUGCCCUCCUCGCCCGCCCUGCUGCUGCCCCUGGGCAAGCCCGCCAAGGCGGCGGUGGCCCCGCUCACGCCCGAGCAGUACGAGGUCUACAUGUACCAGGACGUGGACACGGUCGAGCUCACCCAGCAGGUCAAGGACAAGCUGGCCAAAAACGGCAUCUGCCAGCGCGUCUUCGGAGAAAAGGUGCUGGGCCUGUCUCAGGGGAGUGUGAGUGACAUGCUGUCUCGGCCCAAGCCCUGGAGCAAGCUGACCCAGAAGGGCCGGGAGCCCUUCAUCCGCAUGCAGCUGUGGCUGAACGGGGAGCUGGGCCAGAGCGUGCUCCCGCUGCAGGGCCAGCCGCAAGAGAACACCCCCAAGACCUCGGCCAGCUGCAGCCCGGCCCCCGAGUCGCCCCUCAGCUCGGCAGAGGAGUCCGUCAAGAGCCUGGGGGAGUCGGCCAGCCAGCCGCCCGCCCCGGACCCCAGCGAGCCGUCCGAGUCGCAGCCCGGCACGCCCCUGCCCGUCCCGGGACACCCCAGCCUCAGCAUUCAGGAGAUGGUGGCCAUGUCCCCCGAGCUGGACACCUACGUCAUCACCAAGAAGGUCAAGGAGGUGCUGACCGACAACAACCUCGGGCAGCGGCUGUUCGGGGAGACCAUCCUGGGCCUGACGCAGGGCUCGGUGUCGGACCUGCUGGCCCGGCCCAAGCCCUGGCACAAGCUGAGCCUGAAGGGCCGGGAGCCGUUCGUGCGCAUGCAGCUGUGGCUCAGCGACCCACGCAACGUGGACAAGCUGAUGGACAUGAAGCGCAUGGAGAAGAAGGCCUACAUGAAGCGGCGCCACAGCUCGGUGAGCGACAGCCAGCCGGCGGAGAGCGGCCCGACCGGCUCGGACUUCAGCCAGGGCAGCAGCCCGCAGCACCACCAGCACCACCUGAAGAAGCCCCGCGUGGUGCUGGCCCCGGAGGAGAAGGAGGCCCUGAAGCGCGCCUACCAGCAGAAGCCCUACCCCUCCCCCAAAACCAUCGAGGAGCUGGCCAGCCAGCUCAACCUCAAGACCAGCACCGUCAUCAACUGGUUCCACAAUUACAGGUCGAGGAUCCGCCGCGAGCUCUUCAUCGAGGAGAUCCAGGCGGCGGCGGGGGAGGGCGGCUCCCCGUCGGCGCGGGUGGGCAAGGCGGGCGAGGGCGACAGCUGCGACGGCACCGAGUCGGACGGCACGGUGGAGGGCCGGUCCGCCGGCGGGGGCCCGGGGCCCGAGGAGUACGGGGCCGCCUCUGAGUCCGAGGGGCCCGCCGACCACAAGGAGGAGGGGGGCCCGGGGACGCCGGCGGCCCGCUCCCCGGCCCCGCACGACCCCGCCGCCGGCGCCUCGGCCUCCAGCGCGCCGGGCACCAGCGGCCACCAGGGCGGCGCCAUCGGCGGCCUGUUCAGCUUCCCCGAGGCGGCGCCCGCGGCCGCCAGGAACCCCAGGGACAGCAGCCUGCGCAAGAAGAAAGCCGCCAACCUCAACAACAUCAUCCACCGGCUGGAGAAGGCGGCCAGCCGCGAGGAGCCGUCCGAGUGGGAGUUCUGAUGACACCCCCCCCCCCCCUCCCUUAGCCCCUCCCCCUGCCCCCGCCGGCCGUCGCCGGGGCAACCGGGGCUGCGCAGCUGUGGCCAGGCCGUCCGGCCUCUCUCACAUCGUCUUUUCUUAAGAGGGAGAAACGGGGAAAGUUGAAAAAGAGAAGAAAAUAAAGAAAAGUUUCUUUAAAAAAAGCACUUAAAAGCCCUGCUGGCCACAGGGCCCCAAACACCAUCGGCCAUCGGUGCGAAAAAAAAACAAACGAUACCGGACUCUGAACUAUGGAGCAUUAAUUCCCGUAUAUAUAUUUUUUUCUUUUUCUUUCGCAGUUUCAGAGAUGAAAACUGUCAGGAAAAAAAAGCAAUUUAUUCGUUUGUUUUUGUUUUUUUUCCUCGGAGAGGUUCGUUGGCCGCCCCGGAGUGUUUGGGAAAAGGCAUCUUCUCAGCGAUAUUUUUUCGCACUGUCGAGCUGAAUAACUGUUACAGCGUUCGCCUUUUUCCCUCUUUGUUCUGUGUGUUUUCCUUAGAGGUUCCGUUUCGUUCUUUUUUUUGUUUCUUCGUUUUUUGUUUUGUUUGUUUGUUUUUUUUAUUUCUCCAGUGCAUUUGUUUGGCUACACAUCAAGAAGAGUAAAACGAAGAAAAAUCGCGAACAAAAGCCAAGCACUUAGAAAUACACGGGAGAAGGACCGAGUCCAUCCUUCUGCUCGUCUCUGCAGUACUCUCCAUUAAGCUGGCCAUAUAAUGGCCGUGGACCUCCAGUACACUAUGGACUACUUUUAGAAGGAAUCAGCAUUUUUUUCAAAUUCUUUUUCUCCUAGGAGGAAGAAAGAAAGGAAAAAAAAAACACCUUUUUAUAGCAAUUUGGUUGCCACUAAGAGAUUGCACAGUCUGCCGACUCUAAACGAUCCUAGUUUGGGAUUCCUAGGUAUAAUGGGAGGCGAAACAAACAAAAAAAAAAAAGACAAAAAAAUAAUAAUGAACACUUGCUGUUUUAAAACUUUGAAAAGGAAUAAUGAACGAAUCACUUUAAUUCACAUAUUUUUUAACUUAAAAAAACAAAAAGGUCAUGUCAGGACAAACAAAAAAUCCGAAAAAAUCUUGUGGUAGCUGACUUAGUGUUAUUUCUCGUAAGUGAUCUAGAGCUCUUUGAUAAGUAGUGCACAUUUAUUUCAUAGCUUUAACUGACAUCUGGAUCUGUACACGGGCCAUCAGGAGAGUCUGUUUAAUACACUCCGUUUUAGGCCAAAAAAAUAUCAGGAAAGCUUAAAUAGAAAAGAAAAAAAAACGUAUGUACACAUGGAGAAAUAUUUCAGUCUAGAUAUUUUUAAGACAAAAAAAAAAAAGAACCUGCUUUUUAAAUCUAUAACCACAAAAACCACACCCCUGAGACCUCAUACUUGGGCAGGCAGUUGGACCUGGGGGCUGCAGCACUAAGCGGGUUUCGCCCGCGCCGUGGCGAAGCGGAUCGAUCGCGUUCUCUUCCUCCGUCCGGCGGGCGCGAGGAGAGAAGCGCCCGGCUGGCUUUACCACGCGCCCCCCCGAGCUCUCGGGCCGCGAACUCGCAACCCCCCCGCGACGUGCCCGCGGAGCUCGGAGGAGGACGCGCGGAGGACGCGGUGGCCCCCCCUAUUUGAACUUACCGUUUGUGUACGUGUGUGUGUCAUGUAAACCCCCCAAACCUCCCCCCCCCACGUCACGUGUGACCUUCACACGCAGCGCACGGUGCGUCUUAGGGAGAGGAGAGAGACCCGUGUAACUGACCCGUACGACCGGUUCCUCCUGGCGGGUUCUCCCUCUGAUACGUAUUCACAAAGGGCGCCAUUUUGGCUCCUGUCUCCCUCUCGGGGAGCACAGAUAGUAAUAAUAAUCAUGUGUAUGUACACACACGUCACGUAGAGCUGAAAACUCUUGAAAACUCAAAGAAUCGACCUUGGAAAGGCCGUCUGAACCGCUGCCCUUCCCGUUCCGCGAGGGGCGCAGGAGGAGCGUUUUCUUUGAUACCAAAGCAGCCGAUCACGUGAAGAGGUGCAGGCCCGCGCUCCGCCCGAAUCCUCGAAAGAGGAUCCGCCAGAGUCUCACUGCCAAACACACCCCCUCUCAAAUACCCCCCCACCACUACCACCACCUCCCUCCCUGGCCUUUCCACAUGCACAGAGUGCAGUUAUGACAGAUUACCCAGUCAGAGUUUUCACCCCCCCCCGCCUACUUCCCUUUGUAGAAUGUUCUAGAUAACGCCCGAUCCCGUGCCCAAGUGAGUGAUGUGAACGUGUGCUAUAGAUCAGCUCUGAGGAGUGUGGAGACGUCUCCGCGGUCUCUGCCGCCGGCGCUCCAGGUUUCCGUUUCUCGAUUAACAGCAACUCGCCAAACUUCGGCCGCCCUUUGUGAAUACGUUCAGCGGCAUCAGCGGGCUUCGGUUACCCAAACAGCGCUGGGGGAAGGAGGCACCUCGCCUCCCCCCCCCCCCCCGGCGUGCGGGAGGUCCGAUUUCAGCUUACUCCCGAGUCCUCUACCCCCCCCACCCACACCCCCACCCCCAAUGCCACAAGCUCCCAGUGCCUGCCAGCCCACUGCCUCCCCCUCGUGUGUGUGUGUGUGUCUGUGUGUGUGUGAGGGUAGGGUUAUGGCUGCGGCCUGGCCGUUCUGCCGUGUCCCGCCCUUGCGUGUGUGUGUGUGUGUGUGUGUGUGUGUGUGUGUGCGCACGCUCGUGCGCGUCACUCCAGUGUGUUUUAUAACCGUGUGCGUUGCUUUUAUUUGUACAUACCUGCACACACGUAGAGUGCACAACUGCCACCCCUGCUUUCCUUAUAAGCUGUUUUAUCAGUUAUAUGACUUAUGAUGUAGCUCACCUUUAGGUUCCACUUAUUGCCAUAUCUUUAGACGUAGAUUACUUCAAUAUAGAAGUUUUCUUUUUUUUUUUGGUUUCUUGGUUCUGCUUAUUUAUAGGUGCUGUAUUUUUCAUUUUGAUGUCUUAUUUGAUUUGAUUUUUGUUAGUUUAUGGAAUUGUUUUGUAUUUUAUCGAAGGGAUUAUAAGGGGGCACGUUACAUUUUUUUGUUUUUUUUUUUAGACUGAUAGACUGCCGGCAGUAUUGGGUAAUACUUACAAGAUGUAGUUGUCAUACAUGUAUAUUAAUGAACUGAAGAUUAUUUUGAGUGUCAUUUAUAUUGUUUUUAAAGAAAUAAGUACGCAACCAAUAAUUAUGAUUAAGGUGAUUGCAUUGUAUGGUGCUUUCGCAGUUCAUGAUUUCAUGUUACACCUCUUAGUGCAUUUUAUCUUCACCGUUCAUUUAAGCGAUGUUUCGAGAGGGCGUGAGCAGAGCACGGAACACCUCAGCGCACUUGAAUGAAAUCCAUUUGACAUUUUGAUUUUGUGUAUUUAUACGUUUUCUUAAUCGUCGUCGGUCAGUCUAGAGCAGCACCGAGCGGCUUGUGGGCUGAGGAGCGCGGCGGCCAGGGUUUCAGAGCGGGGGGGCUUCUAAGCGGCUUCUAAGCCAAGAACCGGACCGAACUCAACGGAGCGGCUUCAAAGCCAAGGAGAGAGACAAAAGGGUUUUUGGAGCCUAGUACGGCUUUGGAGCCGUAGAGAGCAGUAUCACUGGGCUUCAGAGCCAUAGAGGGCAGGACUUGGGGCUUCAGAGCCUUAGACAGAAGUGUCUCUGGGCUUCAGAACCGUGGAGGGGCAGUACUUAAGUGGACUUUCGAGCAGCACCUCGGGGCUUCAGGUUGUCACCACCUUCUGUUCGGCGUCAGCGAAUCACAUUUGUUUCUGUGCUUUUGGGGCUGUCCUGGGAAUAACAUCCCGUGAGGGGGGGGGGAAGCAUCUGUGUAGGCCUGUGAGGAAUCACAGAAUGCGAGCGGUGUCUCUGCAGUGAGAGAGCUGGACCGGCUUUGAGCUCCUCUUCCUGUGGCACUGCUGUGGCUGUCAGGGGCGUACAGGGGCAAUGUCAUCGGUUUGGCUAACGCGUGUGUGGCACUGCACAAGGCUUUUACCCAGAGUCACAGGUACACCGGCACUUGUACAAUACUGUAAAGCACUUAUGAGAUUGAUUAAAUAAUCAAAUUAAUCGGGGUGAGUUUUGACUCUACGUUGACGUAUAGCGGAACCUUUGGUCUGGUAUUUUAAAAGUAUGAGCCUGUUGAGCGUGCCUAAAUAAGCAUGCACAGCGAAAUAAGAAUUUUGAAUGCAGUGGCAGUUUUUAUUUGUAGACGUACUGCCAUUUUAAAUGCAGUAUAUUAGUGACUUAUGGUUAGUUCACGUUAAGAUAUUAGUCACUGUAAAAAAUUUUUUUAAAAACAAACAUGUGUACUCCUAAUACAGCACAUAUUGGGAUAGCCCUUGUAAUGUACUAUUCUAGUUUAUUUUUAUGUACUUAAUGUUGUGAAUUGUCUCUGAUGUUUAUAUUAGCCGAAUGAAAAUUGAGAUUAAACAAUUUAAAAAUUACAAGACGUUAGCCUUAACACUUGCAGCUAAUGGUGUAUAAAGCACAAGGGCUGCUCACUAGGACACUCUUAAAAAAGAGUUUAAAUCCAUUAUAAAUUUUAGUUCAUGUGUUUCUAAAGUAUCUAAACAUUUUCUUAAGCUCAUAAUUAACUUUUCAAAAGUUUGAAUUCAAAAUUUCACGUUUCAUCUCAAGAAUUAUUAUACCUUUCACGUUUUUUUACUCUAGCUAGUUGUGAGUAACUUUUAUGUCUUUGCAUUUGCAGGACUACAUUAUGGGGCCAUCUAGGGUUGUUCUUUGAAGCUGUAUCACUAGUUUUCCGUAUCGUUUAAAUUUCAUAUCUGCUGUUUAAAUUUGUGUCCGUAUUUUGAAAAUAUGCCCUAAGGAAAGAGUUUUGCUGGACAUAAGCACGGACCAAUUAAAUUGUCCUUACAGGCCAUGGUUAUGAGCUCUUGUUAUGUCCAACCAAUCUCUUUUCCUGGGUUUUUACAUCUUUUGUAGGGCAACCCUAAGUUCCUUUUGUAUGCAUGUAUAUCUGACAGUAGCAGCACAGCAGCAACUUCCAAGCACUUAGAAGCAUCUCGCCCUAUAACAGGUGGUCUUUUUAAACCUCAGCACUGCAAUAGUUGGGCCCUGCACAUAGAGGAUGAUGGGAAAUGUAUGCUUGGAACACACCUGAGACCCGUUGCAGCCCAGCCUACAAAAGCAGCUCCUGCCUUUAACCCUUUGCGGUUAUAAAUGCCCAACCCCCUUCCCCCUCCUCCCCAGCUAUAUUUUGUUUUACCUCCACCUGCGAGGGAAAGGAGUAAUGCAGUUACCCGUCGGCCUCGUCAAAACGAAGCACUCCCCUCCGUUUGCAGUCAUCGCUCGUCCCCCCUUCGGUUCCAAACCGAGUCCUGCUGAGGGCUGGGCUGCGGUCUCGCCCAAAGCCGCGUUUCCGUAGAGACGCCACCUCCAUUGACCUCGUCCUUUUGGCGACCGGGAGGAGAGAGUAGGUCGUGGGUACGGUCCUCUGCAUUUACGACGCCAUUUAAAUAUCCGGAGAACGGUUCAGCUGAGUUCUCCUUUAAAAAGCACAAUAAAAUUUCAGGGUUGGGGGUCAUCACGGUUACAUCUGAUGCUCUGGUGUUGUUCUUGAUGCCUAAAUGUUUUUUUUGAGUCUAGUAGCCUUGGUUUCGAAACCGCACUGAGGAAUACUGUCGUCAAGCAUCAAACUGUUGUGAUGUCGUCGUGCCUUGCCAGCGAUCCAGACGCAGCGCGGUGUGUUAGCAUUUCCUGGAUUGCUCUUUAAUGCAGUAAGAGGGGCUCUGAGGGGUCAGAGACCUCGCGUAGUAACACUUAGAAUCUCGCUCUGUGCCAAGCCUUGUGCAGCUGCCUUUCCAAAAGCAAAACCCGAGUCCGUUUCAUUGCCCUUGUACAUCCUUACUGCCUCAGCGUUUAUAUUUUACACGCAAGCAACGUGCCUGCUGCGGUUUCCACUGACCCCCCACCCCCCAUCCUGAACACUCCCACCCAUCGCCCCCACUCGCACCCCACCAUGGUCGUGUUUCUGCUCCAGCUGAGGUUAAGUGGGACCGUCUCCACGGCAACCCGAACUGCUGCGUCUUAGUUUAAGCCGGUGUUUCUGAAUACUCGCUCCUCGUUAGGGAGCACGGUCUUCUUAACGUCCCAUCAGUAUUUACGCCUUGGUUACUGAAAUAAAACGGGCGUAGACAUUAUUUAUGUAGGCGUAGUAUUUCUGUCUUCUCACCCAUAAAUUAUAAUGCUUUUUAUUUACUCUGAGGCACACUCAAAAAAAUCUUGUUUUGAGAAUUGUGUGCUGGCCGUGUAUGUAUUCCCAGUUCAUUCAUUGCGAUGCGCUUCUUUGAAUUCUUUGUUUUUUACCUGAGAUGACAAAAGCACAGGCUGUGUGAUGUCAUCACAAGGCCGUGAGCACCCGCCCAUUUGAGCAGCAGUCUUGCUCAUUUGUUCACGAGGACAGCGUCGUUGUAGGCAGGGCCUGUGUGUUCCAGGGACGUCGGGCGGGGGAAUUUCCUUAAGCUGAAUCGCUCAUCGCCGCGUCGCCGUCGUCGUUAGAUACGGCAGCGCUCGGGCGGGUGCGGCGGGUCAGUGGAACCCUGGGCGGGACGCCGGACAGAGGCCAAAAAAAUCUGCUACCCGUCUUCCAGUUUGUGUACCGCCGCGGUGAGUGAACCUGAAGCCUCCGGGAGCGCUAGAGCGGUUUGUUGGAGCGUUAGCGGGUUUGUUGGAGCGUUAGCGGGUUUGUUGGAGCGUUAGCGGGUUUGUUGGAGCGUUAGCGGGUUCGAGGUGUCGGUUACAGCAGAGCUCAGCGCUCAGGUCUUUAUCGGAACAGUGGGGUGGGGUAACAGCAGUGGCGCAGGUCUCGAGGCUGGCUGGGGGGGGGGGAUUCACAGUCUCCGUGAGACCGUCAGUAGCGGAGCCUCAUGUCCAUAAGGUAAAGAGGGCAGCAAAGGGUCAUUUCUAUCAGUGCGGCCAUGAAGCAGGGCCUGGGUUGGACUACAGGCUGCGGCUGGGAAAUGUAGUUUUACACAUCGCAUUUUUCAUUUAGCUAUGGGAUCCCGGGGGUGGUGGCGGGGUUGGGGGAGAGGGUUUGGCACCACACCCACACCCAUACCCGUACUGCGGCCUCUGUCCACAUUGUUCAUCACGAUGGCUGCUGGGUACGGGCCAGUUAAACUGUCAGCUCUUAUGGAUCGGACCUAAAAAGCACUGAGCUCAGGAGGAACGGUGUCCUGGUCUAGUGAUGAAAUAUCUCCACAGACCGAGCGUUAUUACCGAGAUCCGCAGAAGCUUCGACUGUCAUUUUUGAUUUAACCACAUCAGGACUUGUCUUCUGUUUUACGGUUUUGAACACCAUCAUUUGUGAAUAUAUUAUUUUGGGGAAAAAAAUGAAGCAACCCCCUAAUGUCCUUUUUUUUAUUUUAAAUAGAGGGAACCUUCUGCAGGGAAUAGUGUUUUCCCCCAGAGAGAGCCGCUCCACCCAUAACUCAUUCUAAAAGCAGAUCUGUCGUCUCCUUCACCUGCUGGAAACUGCCAUUUUCUUUUGAUGCGUGAAAACAGCCUCGUUUUUUACGAGAGGAGAAGAUUCAUGCGAGGCAGCGCGCAUCGAUUAGCGCGUCACAUGGGUUCAUCCCGACAGUUUUAUCAAACUGCCGUUCCAUUUUUUUGUGUUAUUUGAAUCCGUCGUGGGGAAUUAGCAGUUUUCGGUUUGAUGUUCUGUCGUUUCGGUGCACUCUGGGCACAACAGAAAACAAAAGGAAAUGAACUCCUCACGCGAUCUAGUGGAAACCAAAUAACGGCGGUCAAACGGGUUUAUUUUGUGUGUCGGCAUUUUUUAAAGUCUCUGAAGGUCAGUAAUUUGUUACAAGUUUCGAAUUUUAUGUAGUGUUUUUGAGACAUAAGCUGGGGGGGGGGACCCCCCUCUUCUCCCCACUGCCUGCUGGGCCGGCGUACCCCUCAAGAUCAGCGACAGCACCCCUUCACCUCCAGCGGAAUAAAGCAGCGUUUCGUGGUCCUGCGUCGGUGUCCUGUGUCCGUACUCGGUCUGUUUCUCCUUGUUUUUAGAGCCCUGGUUUGUUGUCUGUCUUUGUUAGUUGCCGGUGACGAACCUGAUGAAGGAGAGCUGCGUACGGGUUCACGUGGUGGCUGAAGUUGUGGCCCAGUUCAGACUGGCUCUCUCUGUAUACUCUAAGGUCUGUUACUGGCUCUGGUCUGGAGCCCGGAUGGCCUCUCUCUGCCUGCAUGGUGUGGGAAGGAAAGCUUGCGUGUUUCGCUUCCUGUUACAACCUCACCAACCGCUCUGUCCAGUUUUAGCCAGCGGUACUUAUAGGUCAUAUGUCAGUGGUUGUGGCGGCUUCAGCUCGAGCCCAACCUGCAAAAGGUCACGAUUGGUCAGAAGAGGCGCUGGACCGUUGGUUUAUUGGCGAGACGCAACCCCCCCCCCAGAGUUUGGGUGAAAUUGAGAGCCCGGCGUGGCUACAGAGAAGCUGCUGACGCACAGGAGGAAUGUGUGGCCGUGUUGGUACGGAGAGGCCUGAACUACGCAGACCGGAGAUGCGAUAGAGGAGGACAGAAAAACACGGCAGGUCGUAUAUAACAUACAAGCAAUAUGGCGAAUGGCCUGUAUCUGGGUCCUGAGCGGUCCUGGGCCUCGGGAACAGCGGUUUUGUCCCUCUGCGUUCAAACGGUUUUUUUUUCGAAUCAGUGCCAGUAUUUCACAGGAGCGAGCCGAGCGUACUGAAGCCCCGGCGAGAGGCGGGGCUACCGUUAGCGUCGCGCGCACGCAGUCUGAAUGCUGUACCGGGGGGCGGAGCCUCCCGCGUGUUCGUGUGUCACUUUGUGCAUUUCCUCCAAUAGCAGGGAAGGCGUCCUCGUCCGGGUUUGUCUGUCGUUCGCUCGUCUACAGUUUCCUGCAAGAGAACGGGUCAGAUUUUUAGUCUUAUGAAGAAUAUAGGGAGGGUAAAGUUUCAUUUCAGACACAGACAGUGUGGCCAUGAAGCAGGGUCAGGGUUGGACUACAGGCUACGGCUGGGAAAUGUAGUUCUUGGGGGUGGUGGCGGGGUUGGGAGGGGGGGGAGGGGGCACCGCACCCAUACCCACACUAAAGUGAGGUGGCUGUAGCAUUCAGGAGCACAGACCCAAAGCAACACUGGUUUAUACAAAGGGCAUUUUGUCAUUACAGUAUUCUCUGUAGGUCACCAUUUUGACACGGCGGAUACGCACGACGGUGAAUUAGAAUCCUCAGUACCAUCUGCUCUCGUACACGGUCUCUUUGUACCAGUUACUAUAUGGAAUCGGCACGAUUCCUUUGGACAAAAUUCAGGAUUUUGCCAUUUGGAAAUAUUUUUCUAUACAACUAAUUGAGAUUGUUAGAGAUAUUCUAUACACUGUCAUAUAACAUUGUACAUAUAAAUGAAUAUAUAUCCUUAGAGUGUUUCCUCGAGCUGUAUCGCAUUUCUGUAGCUGGUUUUUUGUUUUCAUUGUUUGAAGUAUUAAUAGUUUUUGUGAGUGACUAAUGCAGAAACUGCGUUACCCACUCCAGUCUCCAUAUCAGGACAAAGAAACGUCAGACGUAUUUUUUUUUCCUCUUUUUUCCUUUGUCUUGUGUGUCUGUGUUCAUUCGUUUUGGUGAAAUCUUAAGAAGCGGAUUCCCGCAGCUGUUAAAUAAUUAACGGGAAAAGAUGUUGAACAUGAGACAGAUGCUGGCUUGGGGCCGCCAUUUGUUGACCUCUGUUAAUUUCCAGUAGGGUUUUCUAAUUGAGUUCCUCUGCACAGUAUAAAUAAUUUUAUGAACAGACCACCACCACAAUCCCCCCCCCCCCCAAUUUGUAUGCAAAUAUUGUGCAUCUGAAUUAAUUUUCUUGAUUGAAAUGAGAAGUGGCAUAUGGAAGGGAAAUGGUUUUAUCGUAGUAUAACUGCUGUUGCAGUCCUGCCAUCAUGGAAGGCCAGCUGCAGUCAGAAUUCACAUCCAUUGUAUUUACACUCCAGAAGGGGGUUUUCCCCCCCUACCCUGCCCUCCCCUGGCUCCUGGUACGAAGCCCUGGGCAAUAACCAGAGCCAUUUGUAGGGGUGUUCAGAAAUUCUCAAAGAGCGGAGUGGGUUUAUUCAGUACUAAGUCCCUUCCAGGAUGUAUGUCUUUCAGAUUUUUAAGCCGUGGUCCAAAUUGUAUUUAUUAUAUUCAUACUCGUUUGGCUUGAUCUGGUCUGUGCACUCUGGUGCUGAAAGGGUUAAGAUCUGUUUGUUAGUGAGGAAGGGCCAGUGAGCAGUAAUUUAGCUGCAUUGGAGUAGGAGCCAGAGUAGCGCUGUAAAGCUAGCCGUUUACAGUAACAGAGACCAGGCCUUCUGUUGUGUUAAGAAAGGUUUUUAAAAAAUAUAUAUAUAUAUUAAGCAUUUCCUUCUUAAUUUUUAAGUACUCCAUCAGAGAUUUUUUUUUUGCUAAUUGUGUGGCCGAGAAACGAGAAAUUAAGGUCAGGGAAAAAAGGUAGCUAAGCCCCUCGGGCGUGUCGAGGAACGCCUCGCAGGAGCGUGUCACAGGAGCGUGUCACAGAGCGUGUCACAGCUCGCAGUUUUCGCAAAGCUGUUUACCUCGUAUUCCUGUGUUUGUGUCUGUGGCAGGGAGGCCACGUCCGUGCCAGUGCGGUCCGCACUGUGGGAGCUCUCCUCAGGCAGGCACAGUUCUGUCCAGCUUCUGUGGGAAAUGGAGCAUCAGCGAGAGGGUUUAACUUUGUGAUCUAAUACGCUUUCCCAUCCAUGCAUACAGUAGCAUUUUCUGUUUCUGUACCCGCCUGCGGAAAAUGAGGGACAAUAUGCACAGAACAUUUUUUUCUGACCCCAUUUUGGGGGGGGGGGGGGCCUUGGGCUAAGAGAGGAUUUGAGGUACCAGCCAGGCACCGUUGGAUAUUUUUGAGCUUUUGCCCAGAACGGAUGAGUUAGGGUUGAUGCUUAAUAAAAACUACAUUUCCCACAGUGCCUUGCUACCGCUUUAACCUAGUGCCACCUGAGGUGCUGUUUUGUAGUCCGCGGAGAGCCCUCUCGACGUCGUGAGAUAAUAUGCAUUCGUUUCACCUCUCCGAGUGUAGCAAUCAGAGACUUCCCUUCGCAUGCCUGAGGUUCCACAGUGGCCCUUUUAAUAACGGUUCUCGAAUAAGAUCCUGUCUUUCAAAUCUUUGCUGCUCGUUCAGGCUGUUAUCUGAGGCCAGGGCUAGGCUACACCAGGCUGGGGAAUUUACCGUUCAUCUUGUCCCUGCAAGUGUCUCUGUUUGUCAAUAAAUUAUCUUUUUUUUUUUUCUCUUGUCCUCGCUGUCGUUAUCUGAUUUAUUUUUGUCAGGCCGUAUCCUGCUGCAGAGUCUUAGACCUCCGGAAGAGGCUGUUGUAUAGAGAUUUGCGUUGACAAAUUGUAUUUAAAAAAAGAGAGAGAGAGAGAGAGAGAGCUAGCUUUACUCGCUGCCAGUUUCGUGGCCCUAUACAGUUUAUCACUUUACUACUUAACCAGAUUUAUAAGCCGUCUUUUUCUACCAGAAUAUUUUUCUGCUGAUGUCUUGGAAACAGGGACACUAAUUUUAUCAACAGUGGGGGGGGAUAUCUAUGGUAAAGUUUUGUGGGUGGGGCGGGGAUUUGGCCACGCCCACUCACGACUUUUUAAGUGCCAGAGGUCUCCAACCAUCCAGUGUUGGAACAGGCAGACUUUACGAUGGUCACAAAACGUUGUACGUGAUAUUCCAAAAAGUUACUGAUCACGAAUGGGGGGCGCACACAAAAUCUCGAUCAAAGACUUUGCCGCCAUUUUGUACGGUUUGUACGAUGCGUGUUACAUUACAGAAAGAUCUUCAGUUUCGUCCACUCCUCUGAUUAAAUCGGAACCCUCCCCAACCAAAAACCGUUAUCGCCCGUUUGUAAAUCUUUUUUAAUUUUGUUUUUUAACGGAAGGGGGUAAAACACGAUUUUAUACCAAAUAAUAAUGAUAUUUAAUUUUUAUUCCACUGUUGUAGAGCUUUGAACUGUUUUACAUUGUUUUCCUAAUAACUCCUAUUAAAUGAACUGCCAUUGUUCAGCCAUGCUUGUGUGGCUGGAGACCUCAGUUGUACAGAUGUGGCUUCUAUAGGAUUUAAAUUUUUCUUUUUUUUUUUUCUUUUUUUUUUUUGUGUCUUUUUUCGUGUGUGUGUAUGUGUGUGAAGGUAUUGUGAUACUUUUCCCAGACUUCACAUUGAAGUUUUGUUACCCUGAUGUUACAGAAAAAAAAAGAAAAGGAAAAAAAAAAAUCCAGUCAACCAAAAAGUGUCUUUCUCAGCGAAAGCAGCCGUUACAUCGCAGUUCUCUUUUUUCUCAGUCACUCCAUCCUGGAAUAGUUGUGUAUUUGUAUGGGGGGCCGGACCGCCCCCCACCCCACCCCACCCCAUGUCAGGCUGUGUCCCAUUUGAAUUUGUGUGUGUGUGUGUCUGUGUGUGUGAAACCUUGCACAGCACCUGUCAUGUUGGGGCUGCGUCGUUUUUAUCGUUAUUUUUAUUUUAAUUUUUUUCUUAUUUUCGGUGUUCUGUCUUGCAUCGCAGCUUUUCGUGUGGAAACCUCACUCCCGUCGUCACCAGCUGAUGCAGCCGUUUGUCUCUCUUAGCUCAGGUGGAAAUGACUCUUUAGCAGAAGCUCGGAGUCCGUCCCACGCUCACGGUGACAUCACGCUCCUGCUCUCUUGCCACUGAUUAGAGAGAGAGAGAGAGAGAGAUCACCCUCCCAUCCACCCGGCACAAACACCCUUACUAUGCCAGAUCCCGUUUAGCCACUCUAUUUUUGUACAACACGGUAAGAGGCUGCAUGAUUGUUGUCCUUUUUCCCCUCCCCCUUUUUUGUUUUUUUUUUUGUUUUUUGGUUUCGUUUUUUUUUUCCAACAUUAAAAUCGUGUAGUCUGUUCUCAGCACUGUAAAACAGUCCCUAUUCAAUAUGGAGAAGCAAUAUCACUGUAUGAAACUCACAUUGUAUUAUUAUUAUUAUUAUUAUUAUUAUUAUUAUUAUUAUUCACUAGCACCCUAGGUGUGAUAAUUGAAGUAAAUAUCUUUUAUACAAACACAAA